AUGAGUUCUUCAGUUUCUGUCAGUUGCCGGAAAUCGUCUCGAUUGGGAACCACGCGUGCGUCUUCCUCCGGCUCUCCGCAAUCCCCGACGCCGCCUGCUGCAGAAAAGCAGGAUGAGCAGGGACCAGUGGACACGCAGCUGCUGCAGGAGCAACAGCACCAGCAGCAGAAGCCAGACACAGGUGCUUCUGGCGAGGGCGUUUACUCUGUGUCGGAAGCACGGCCAGUGUCGGAAGAAGCCGCCCACUUCAGCUGGCCCACUGUGCUGGCUUGUCUGUUUGCGGCUGGAUUCGCCCUGGGACCGCCUCUGGACGGCAUUCACUCCGUCGUGGGCCUGCAGGUGCGUCUCUCUGCCUGCAGGUAUGCCCUCAGCUCUGCCCUCUCCCUGCUUUCGUUCCCUGCUCCUGGACUCAAAACACGCCCUGGGUCCGCUUCUGGAGGGCCUCCACUCCGUUGGAGGCCUGAGCAACUAGCCUAUCUCCCGCACCACCAUCAGGUGUACGACGUGAAUGGGGGCCUCAUAAUAGGGGGCCCGGACGGCCUGUACACGAGCGUGUGGGUCUUCCCUCUGCUGGGCGCCAUGUACGCCGUUGUUGGCGCCCUGCAGCUGUUGAUAGACCAAUUAGCUUUCAAAUCGGGGUCUCAGCACCUGGAUAAUUCUCUUGCUCUGGGAGUGUCGCCCUCUGAUAGUUCUGCCUCGCCUCGGGAAGAGCUGCAACCAGGACCAGCAUCUUCCUCCUCCUCUUCCUCCUCCUCUUCCUCCUCCUCUUCCUCCUCCUCUUCCUCCUCCUCUUCCUCCUCCUCCUGGUUUUCCCUCGCCUCCUCCCCCCCCAGGGGCUCCUGGUUGCGCUUGCUCAGCUGCAUGGGAGUGCUCAUCAGCCUUCUCCACUUCAGCUCUCAGCUGUUCGAGGGUCAUUCCAUCCCCUCUACAGGCAUCUUCGCUAUCCUCGCUCUGUGCGCCCAUGCCAAUUGGUUUGCCUUUGACCGCACCCUCCCUGGGUACCUCCUCGCCCUCUUUGUCGCCAUCGGUGCUCCCGCCUCAGAAGUGCUCAUAAUGAAGUACUUUGGCCUCUGGCACUACACUGAACCAGACAUGUUCAUUGCUGGAGAGGGCCUGGUGUCAUGGACUGCCUGGUGCUACUUCUUCUAUACCCAAUGGGUGGCAACUGUGGCUCGCACCUUUGCUGCCUCACUUACUCCCAAUAGCCCUGCGCUGGACGAGCUGAAAUGGUAG